ACGAGGAGCGGGAGUGGCCGGGCCUCCCUUCCGCGCUUGAGCGAGCGCCGGGUGAUGGCGAUGGUGAUGGCGGCAGUUGCUCGGUCAGCUCCGGUUGAGCUGCGCUCGGAGAGAACUGUCCAGAAAGUGCCCAGAAGAAACUUCCUCUCAGAAAAGCUGAAAACACAGUAUUUAUAACACUGGAAAUUGUAAAGAAUUUGUUUAAAAUGGCUGAAAACAAUAGUAAAAAUGUAGAUGUACGGCCUAAAACAAGUCGAAGUAGAAGUGCUGACAGGAAGGACGGUUAUGUGUGGAGUGGAAAGAAGUUGUCUUGGUCCAAAAAGAGUGAGAGUUGUUCUGAAUCUGAAACCAUAGGUACUGUUGAAAAUGUUGAAAUUCCUCUAAGGAGCCAAGAAAGGAAGCUUAGCUGUUCGUCCAUUGAGUUGGACUUAGAUCAUUCCUGUGGGCAUAGAUUUUUAGGCCGAUCCCUUAAACAGAAACUACAAGAUGCCGUAGGACAGUGUUUUCCAAUAAAGAAUUGUAGUGGUCGACACUCUCCAGGGCUUCCAUCUAAAAGAAAGAUUCAUAUCAGUGAACUCAUGUUAGAUAAAUGCCCUUUCCCACCUCGAUCAGAUUUAGCCUUUAGGUGGCAUUUUAUUAAACGACACACUGUUUCUAUAAGUCCCAAUUCAGAUGAAUGGGUGAGUGCAGACCUAUCUGAGAGUAAAUUGAGAGAUGUUCAGCUGAAACGAAGAAACACAGAAGAUGACAUAUCCUGUUUCUCACAUACCAGUGUCCAGCCUUGUGUCAUAACUACCAACAGUGCUUCGUGUACAGGUGGUCACAUAACUGGUUCUAUGAUGAACUUGGUCACAAACAACAGCAUAGAAGACAGUGAUAUGGAUUCAGAGGAUGAAAUUAUAACACUGUGCACAAGCUCCAGAAAAAGGAACAAGCCCAGGUGGGAAAUGGAUGAUGAAAUCCUGCAGUUGGAGGCACCUCCUAAGUUCCACACCCAGAUCGAUUACGUCCACUGCCUUGUUCCAGACCUCCUUCAGAUCAGUAACAAUCCGUGCUACUGGGGUGUGAUGGAUAAGUAUGCAGCCGAAGCUCUGCUAGAAGGGAAGCCAGAGGGCACCUUUUUACUUCGAGAUUCAGCACAGGAAGAUUAUUUAUUCUCUGUUAGUUUUAGACGCUAUAGUCGUUCUCUUCACGCUAGAAUUGAACAGUGGAAUCAUAACUUUAGCUUUGAUGCCCAUGAUCCUUGUGUCUUCCAUUCUCCUGAUAUUACUGGGCUUCUAGAACAUUAUAAGGACCCAAGUGCUUGUAUGUUCUUUGAGCCACUUUUAUCCACUCCAUUAAUCCGGACUUUCCCCUUUUCCUUGCAGCAUAUUUGCAGAACAGUUAUUUGUAAUUGUACGACUUAUGAUGGCAUCGAUGCCCUUCCAAUUCCUUCUCCUAUGAAAUUGUAUCUGAAGGAAUACCAUUAUAAAUCAAAAGUUAGGUUACUCAGGAUUGAUGUGCCAGAGCAACAGUGAUGUGGAGAGGUUAGAAUGUUAGCCUGCAUACAUAUUUUCAUUUCAUAUUUUAUUUUUCUUAUGCAUCUUUGAAUUUUUGUACAAAGGCAGUUGGAAUUCAGAAUAAAACUGUGCCCUAAGUUUUAAUUCCAGAUCAAUUUAUUUUUUUUAUGAUACACUUGUUAUAUAUUUUAAGCAGGUGUUUGGUUUUUGUUUUUACCAUGUAAAUUGUAUACUUUUUCCCUUAAUUUACAUAUGGUCCAAGCAUAUUUACAAUUUCAAGGCAUUACAUAUACAUUUGAAUAUUCUGUAUUUUUUUAAAAUCAUCUUUUGCUCUUUUCUACAUGUGGAAUAUUUUGCUAAUCUAUGCUAUCAGUAUUCUUGUGACAGGAUAUGACAGAAUAGUCACCUAGCCUCUUUUCAUUUUGAAGAUCUUCAGUAAAGAUGAGUGUUAUAAUCAAUCCGUUAUAAUGUAAUUGACUUUUGUAAUUUGCCAGUAGGAAUGCUAAACAACAAAAUGAUUUAAAAUGAAACAGUGUAUUUUCAUUUUACAUAUUAACUAAAACAAGUUUGUUUGUUUGUUUGUUUGUUUGUUAUUCUAGCCAAUGAGGAAAGAGAAUGUUAUGUUCUAGAGGUGUAUUUGUUCCGCAGUUUGGCAGGAUCAGCAGUUAUCCAAACACAGCAUUCCCUCAAAUCUGGAGGUGAAUGUAACUUGUGUUCCUUUCUUACUGGAAGCGUUACAAAGCAAAAUAGCAGUAUUAGACGCUUGGAGUUGCUAAGGCAAUUGGAGUUUUCUCUAUUGAUUUAUGGACUGUUGCAUCUACUUAGUUCUUUUUUAGGAACUCUGGGUCCCAGGGGAAAAUACAUAGUUUCUAAACAGUUCCUGUAUCCAUCAGUAACAAAAACCUGAAAAGUUUCUCAAUUAUUUUAAAUUGAACUUAAAUAAAGAUGCAAAUAAAAACAUG